AUGUCUGCGAUCCCGAAGUCUAACUGGAUAGCGAUCUACAAGCAACUGCAGCGCGAGGCCACCAAGUUCCCGCAAACCAACUACCGCUCGUUCUUCCACCGCAGAAUCAGGGACCACUUUGCCAAGAACAGCUCGGUGACGGACCCGCAGCAACAGGCCGAGCUUUACAAGGAAGCUGAGCGCAAUCUACAAGUGCUUCGUCGCCAAGCAGUAGUCUACAGUCUCUACCCUCAUCAGAAGACCGUUGUGGAAGUCAAUUCGGACCUAAAAACUAGGGAGUGCCGAAAAUGUAAAUCCAACGAAUACACCAACAAAAGUCUAGUCAUGUUAGUCAACGAAUGCGGGCACCCACUAUGUAGAACUUGUGUUGACAACCUUUUCGCCCGCAAUGCAGCCCCAUGUGAAAUUUGUGGGAAAAUGUUAAAAAGAAAUAAUUUCUGGGAGCAAGUUUUUGAGGAUCCCAUGGUCGAGAAGGAGAAUUUCAUUCGCCGACGGUUUAAAAAAGUUUUCAACAUGAAAGAAGAGGAUUUUCCGACUCUCCGCGAUUUCAACGACUACCUCGAGCAUGUAGAAGUUCUGGUGAUGAACUUGCUCUACGAGGAGAAUAUCGAAGAGACUGAGCGCGAAGUGCGAGAAUAUCAGAAAGAUCAAAACGAGAAGCUGAACGUCAAGGAUACGAAGGAGAUUAUGAAAGAGCUCCGGGAAUCGAACGUCGCUGCGGAAAUGAUUUUGGAUCGGGAGAGAAAGCGGCAAAUCGAACAGGACCUCGAGCAAAAGGAGGAGAUGGAGCGCAAGAAGAAGCUGAAGAAAGAGCGCAAGCGCAAUGAUGGGCUUACUUUUGCUGCUCAUCGGAUUGCCGGGCGUCCGUAUUUCCACAGACCCAUGGUCAUCGACACCAACGGCCCGCCGAUGCUUACCAUCAACGAGAUCGAGUCCGGAGGAUAUUUACGGUUCAUCCGCGAGCCGUCUGCUCAUCGUCGUGCGGGUGGCUACACAACUUCUAUCGCUUGCUUCAAGGCGCUGCUCGAGGUACGGCUCGACCUCUUCGCCGUCAAGACGAUGACCCCGAUCACCGCCUCCGAA